CUUUUGUCGUGGUCAUUACUCCCAGGUAUUAUCUUGUUGUGUUGAAUGCUAUAGCCUGAAACGUGAGAUAUAGUCCAACUGCUAGAGUGCCAUGGCACCAAUCAACACGUGGAGAGAGAGAGAACCGGACGAGAAGAUGACGGAGUCCUUUAACAAGUCCCUGAUUGGGUUCCGUAAAAGCUGCUCAGCAUCGGCAGUGCAGGAGUUCGAACAUGCAACGAGUUUCGCUGUCAAGCGCGAAUUGCUUCGCAUACAGAGGGACCAGGAAAGGUUGAGAGCCAUGAUGAACUUAAGUCGUGUGAAGAAGUUUUUCCAGAGGAUGGAAGAAUACAGCGAAAUCCUCGAGGCGAUUGUUGACGUAUCUAAAUAUAUGUCAUUCGUCUGGGGCGCUAUGAAGUUUCUAUUGCACAUAGCUGCUACAAACUUCACCGUAGACAGCUUCGACAGCCUCCUGGAUUCGUACGAGAGGCUAGGGGGAAAAAUGCCCGAGCUUAAGGGGAGGCAAGCUCUCUUCUCUGAGUUUACAGGCAUGCGAAACUGCCUUGCAUUUCUGUACGACGAUGUGUUGGAGUUCCAUCUUGGGGCUUACAAGUGUUUCACCCAAUUCCCUGAGAGAGGCCAGAAAAAGAUCAUCAAGGCGGCAUGGAAAGACUUCGAACUCCAGAUAUUUAGUAUCGAAAAUAGGUUGGGAGCGCACAAAUCACUCGUCGAGUUAGUUGCCCGGUGCUUGGACUACAACAUCUCCAUGGGACGCAUCUCAGAAAAUGACCCCCUUCCCGAAGACGACGUUUCAAGAAUAAGCGGGAAAGUAUUCGACUACGAGAGAGAGAGGGAAAAUAGCAUCCAAAGGGGGAAAGAGGACGAAUCGAAAAGACGCGCAAAACAGAUCGAGGAGACCUUGCAGUGGAUAUCUCCCAAGGGGAACAUUACGCGGGAGAUACAUGAUGCCAGCAGUCAAGUGCGGAAGAGUUUUCCAAAUACUUGCGACUGGUUCACGGAGAAUGAUUCCUUUGAGAACUGGCUCAAAGUGGAAACGCCGACACAUUCGAUUUUGUGGUUAAGGGGAAACAUGGUACGAAAAACAACACUCGCCUCACAAAUUGUCGACUUAUGUGCAGAGAGGGCAUCAGACUCCUCUUUCCAAACCAUCUACUUCUACUGCAAGGGCAAGGACCCGGAGAUAUCAAGCUGUUUAGCGAUCUUCCAAAGCCUUCUUUGGCAGCAGCUCCAAAACAUCCAGCUCAAGAAAGACGGCGUCGAGAAGUACAAGCAGCUUAUAGCAUACUGCCACGACCGAAAGGUAGCCUCGGGACAACAGCACCUCAGCCGGCAGGAACUGACCAAAUCCCUUCUCGACAUCUUCUUCGAGCUCAUCGACUAUCAAUACGUUAUCAUCGACGGGCUGGACGAGUGUGAAAAGACGGAGAUCAAGCAGUGCUUGACGGCUCUCACGGCUGCGGUCGCGCAGAAAGACAAGGUCCACCCGGGCAGCUUGAGAUUGCUUGUUUCUAGUCGGGAUAUCAUCGAGAUCAAGAGGCCGCUGGAGACUGAGAACACGACGGCAAAGGUGGUCAAUGAUCAUAACGAAGAGGCCAUAAAAUUGUACGUCAUGCAGCGGAUUGAAAAAUUCCCGGACGCUUUAGGGCUGGACAAAGAUGAGGCGACGAAGACGAAGAUCAGCGAGAAGCUGACAGGCAAGGGAAAGGCGGGGUCCACGCAAGGGAUGUUCCUGUUUGCAAAACUAGUUCUUGAUAAUCUCGAAAAUUCAUUUGACAGAGACCGGCUGUCGAAGGAGCUGGAUAGGGCUCAGUUCCCCAAGGAUAUUGGAGAAGCGUAUGGAAGAAUCAUCGGCCACCUCAAAGAGCAACACGCAGAACAAUGGGACAAGAUCAAAGACAUUCUCGGGUGGCUCGUCUGCGCCAAACGUCCACUCCAGUGGCACGAAAUCCAAGCCAUCGUAUCGGUCAAAGAAGAUUCUGUAGAAAUCGAGCAGUGCAAAUUCGUCAAAGACGUUACUGAAAUCUGCGGAUCGCUCGUUCAUAAGCGUGGCACGAAGAUCGAGCUCAUACAUCAUACGGCACAUGACUACGUGGUAAACAACCACUACGUAAAAGUGACUGAAGUCGAAUUCAGCCUGGCGACACUCUGCAUGCAGUAUCUCACAUUACCCUGCUUUGGCCAGCACCUCAGCACAGCAGAACGAACGAAAUUCGCGAAAAACGGGUCCUACGCUUUCCAGGACUACGCAGUCUCCCGCUGGUUCCACCACAUAGGUAAACUAGUCAAGUUAUCCGUUAUCCACCGCUCCCGAAACGAGGCCGAAGAUAAAGACGAAGGUGAAGGCGGAGAAGCACAGGAAGAACUUCCCACCGUCCUCUCGGGAGAAAAGGCACGAAAACUUGCCCAGGUCCUCGACAAGUUCGUCUUCAUGUAUCAGGACUCAAUCCAAGAAUUUCCCACCCCGGACGAGACAGCCCAAAAGGAGUGCAAGGGGCUCGAAAACACCAUUUUCUACGAGCACCUGAUCCUGCUCUGGAGCCACAUCUCCAAGCACGAGAGGGGAAACAUUGACAGAAGGAACGAGGUUAGCCUUGCCGUCAUGAAAGACGUCCUCAAGAAGAACCGCGAAGUCCUCGAAGACCUAAGCUCUAAACUCCACGGGGACGACGCCGCAAAGUUGCAGGACUACUACGGAACGAAUUUCUUCAAGUGUCCACGUACUUUGUGCGCUCACUUCGGGGAAGGGUUCAAAGAGCCCAAGUUGCGUGAAGUGCAUAUCCAACGGCACACGCGGCCGUUUCAAUGUCCCGUGGUAGAUUGUCAGUUAGGGACGAUCGGCUUCGUGUCGGAAAAGGAUACGAAUAAGCACGUAAGGAAUUAUCAUGCGGCAGCAGGUGACGGCACUGGCGGUGACGGACAGCAGUCGCCUUUCCCGCACUUGAAUAAGAGCAGUAAUCAUGCGAGGUUUACUUGUGAUAUUUGCGGGCACAAGUUUACAAGGAAGAUCAAUUUGACGGGACACACGCGGAGUCAUUUUGGGGAGAGGCCUUAUGGGUGCCAGACUUGUGGGAAGAAGUUUACAAGAGUGAAUGAUUUGAGGAGGCAUGAGAGGUUGCAUUUGCAGAUGUAGGUACAAUGUGUGGUAAUGGUGUAUGGAUGCAAGGACGGAG